AUGGCAUCUUUUAGAUUUUGUGCAGAGUGCAACAAUAUGUUGUAUCCCAAGGAGGAUAAGAACGAGCAGAGACUCUUGUACUCGUGCCGUAAUUGCGGCUACACCGAGUUGGCCGAAAAUCCAAAGGUUUACAGACAUGAAUUGAUCACAAACAUCGGUGAAACCGCUGGUGUGGUGCAGGAUAUCGGAAAUGACCCUACAUUGCCCCGUUCCGACAAAGAGUGUCCCAAGUGUAUGAAUAAUCAGUGUGUUUUCUUCCAAUCACAGCAGAAGAGAAAGGAUACGUCGAUGAUUUUGUUCUAUGUGUGCUUGAAUUGCAAACAUGUGUUCCGAGUGUAG